AUGGUAGACCAUUAGGUGCUGAUGCAUAAAAUUAGAAAUAUUAGAGAUUUUUUUUUAUAUUCAAUCCCAUGUCCAAUUAAUUAUAAAAUUUGCUAACCAAUAGACAAUCAGGAAAUUGAUUAUAUAAAUUGGUAGUUUUCUUCUGAAUCUUUUGUAGAAAUAGACGGAAAUCUUUGUAAUAGUGAUGGUUUGACAAGCAUUUAAAGAUCUUCAAACAUUAUAAUUCAUAAAUCAAUUGAUUGUAGUAGUGAAAGUAACAUUAAAUUAUAAAUAAAUAUCAACUUAACUUAAUGACUAUUCUUGGAUUCAUGACAAUGGGAAAGUAAAUAAAAAAAACAAUUAUCUCAGAGCCUCAUUUCAGAAUUAAGAUAUAAUAUUUGCAUAUAGUACUUUCAUUAUCAUAUGUCCUAACAACAUAUUUGUAAGGGUGAUUAAAAGAUAAGACAGAGUAUCUGGUUGGAUACACAAUCUACGGUUUUACUCCUUAGGUUUGCUCCAAGAUUAGUAAGAAAACAGAUGGAAACUAGAUUUCUUUUGUUGA